UAUUACCUCUGUACUGAACACAUGUGACAGUACAGGGAGGGAGCAACAUAAAAGCUGUCGUUUAUUCAACAGAGUGUAAUUAAAGCUGGACUUCGAGUGGAUGCAGUGAAACUUAUAAGAAUUUGAGGCUCGCGCUGCGAUCUGAGAAGAAGCGUUUGACCCACAGACUUUGAAGAAGGUUUGACCGUCAGGAAAUCAUCGACCACUGGUGUCUUCUUCUCUCCUCUGCUCUCAGACAUUCAAACCUUCAAAACAUCGAAGUUUGCUCGUCUUAAAAAACUGCCCCUGUGAAUAUGCAGAAAAUGAGCUACUUCUUCCCUGUAUUCGUCGUCUGCCUGGAUGUGUGUGUGGUGCACGCCCUCCGCUUGGCCCAUCUCUCACCUGUCUUCCUACCUCAUCCGUUCAUCACCCUGUGGGGAGGAGGGUUGAUCAGGGCUGCCAUCCUGACCUUCCUCACCCUCACCUACCCUGGAAGUCUGCCAUGGAUGAGUGGCUUUCAGGGGCUACAGAGUAUAGGGGUUCUAUGCCUACACCUCCCUGUGUACACCACUCUUCUCUCGAUGCUAGGGCUGUCCACCAUGGAGGAAGUGUGGAGUUGGCACUCCUGGGAAAGGGUGUUACAGGGUUAUAUUGUCACAGUGGUGGCAUGGCUCUACUGGAGUCGAUAUGUGUCCUCUUUUUUGCUCUCCUGGGGUCGAUACAUCUCGUCUCUGUGGAAGAGGACGCCGUCUGAGAAACCCCAAGACCACGUCAGUGCCUCCCUGAAGAGACUGCUGGGAUACAUGAGGCCCUUUUUGGGACGCUUUGUUGCAGUGUUGUGCCUCGUUGUUCUCUCUUCUUAUGGUGAGAUGGCUAUUCCUCAGUACACGGGUCGUGUGGCUGACUGGAUCCUUAAUGAAGAAGCUCCUGAUGCAUUCACAGAGGCCAUCACGUUCAUGACUUUAAUGACUUUUGCCAGUGCUGUGCUGGAGUUUUUUUGCGACCUCAUGUACAACAUCACUAUGAGCCUCGUCCACACCUCAGUGCAGGAAUCUGUCUUCCAGGCUGUGAUGAAACAGGAGAUCGCCUUUUUUGAUGCGAGUGCCACUGGUGAGCUGGUGUCCCGUAUCACUACUGACACUAACGACAUGAGUGAGGCUCUGAGUGAGAAACUGAGUCUUCUGAUGUGGUACACAGCACGUUUUACCUUCCUCUUAUACUUCAUGGUGAGCCAGUCCUGGAAACUGACCCUGCUCACCUGCAUGGGACUGCCCAUCAUCUGGGUCAUCCCAGAGCUCACAGGAGGCUUCCACCAGACGAUUGCUAGAAAAGUCCAGGAGUCACUGGCUAAGGCCAACCAGGUGGCCACAGAGACUUUCUCCUGCAUGAAGACCGUGAGGAGUUUUGCUAAUGAAGAUGGAGAGACAGAGAAAUACAGACGGCAGCUGGAUGACACGUACGCCCUUAAUAAGCAGGAAGCAGCAGCGUAUGCAGCCUCUACGUGGGCUAACAGUAUGGCCACUCUUGCCCUGAAGAUGUGUAUUCUGUACUAUGGAGGGACUCUGGUGACCAGAGGCACUGUCAGCAGUGGUGACCUGGUGUCAUUUGUUCUCUAUGAGCUACAGUUCGCAUCAGCUGUUGAGGCUGUCAUGCGUUAUUACCCAGAGGUGAGGAAGGCAAUAGGUGGCUCUGAGAAGAUCUUUGAAUAUCUGGAUCGCAAACCUAAAGUACCCGCAGAGGGAACUUUGGCCCCAGAACAUCUAAAGGGACACAUUCAGUUCAAAAACGUGUCAUUUUCAUAUUCGGAGGAAACAGAGAAAAGCAAUCUUGUUCUCAAGGAUGUGUCUCUGGAUAUCAAACCAGGCCAAAUCACUGCCCUCGUGGGUCUCAACAGAUCAGGGAAGUCCACCUGUGUGAGGCUGCUGGAGAGAUUUUACCAGCCUAAAGUAGGGGAGAUCCUCCUGGAUGGGAAACCACUGCAGAGCUACAAAGACCGGUACUUACAUGACAAGAUUGCUGUGGUGAGCCAAGAUUGUGUGCUGUUUGCUCGCUCUGUGCGCGAGAAUAUCAAGUACGGCUUAGAGGAUGCUACUGACGAGGAAAUGUUCAGAGCUGCCAAGCUGGCGAGUGCCCAUGACUUCAUCAUGGAACUGUCCAAUGGAUACAACACAGAUGCCGGAGAGAAAGGGGGGCAGGUGUCUGGAGGUCAGAAGCAGCGCAUUGCCAUCGCCAGAGCUUUAAUCAGGCAACCUAAAAUCCUGAUACUGGACAACGCCACCAGUGACCUGGACUCAGAGAAUGAAUUCCAGGUCCACCAAGCUCUGUUUAACCAAACCAAGGACUGCACCGUGCUUUUCAUCUCCAAUAAAAUGAGUGUCGUAGAAAAGGCCGAUCAUAUAAUCGUCCUCAACGAAGGGUUGGUGAAGGAGGAGGGCACUCACGGUGAGCUUAUGGAGAAAGACAGUCUUUAUGCUGAGCUGGUGAGAAAGCAGAAUACAGGCUUUCACCGUCAAGGAGAGGAGGGGGAUGAUCUACACUGAUAUGUUCAGGGAGUUGUUGCACUAAAGCCAGAGAAGUAGUCAGGGUACUGGACAGUUGCUGGUUUGACGUCCCGACUUCCAGCUACGUUGGGCAAAUUUAGAUUUCAUUUUUUUCCGCUACCUUAUAUCAGCAAACAAAGUCCUCCCUACUGAUUGACACUGAGACCAUGCACAUGUAGUUUGCUGUCCAUAAAGUAAAGGAUCAAGGUUCUCUGUAGUGUUGGGAAGACAGGUAAGCGAUCUCUUUUCAUUUUCUUCACCCACAACUAGCAGCCCGACUCAAGAACAUGUUUGAUCCAAACCCGGUCCAGUUUGAAAAACAAACAACUAAACACACACCUUUUCAGUUUAACAUAAUAAGCAGCUGUCAACAUUAGACUUUCAACCAAAACUUAAAUGGAACAAAAUUGCCUACAUUAGCUCUAAAGGGUCAAGAACGCAGUGAAACCUAAAUUGUGAGAAUAACCUUCGUGGUAAAUGUUUUAUAAGAGUUUUUUGUUUUUUUCGCACCUUAAGAAUUCUUAGCUUCUCCUUGUAUCUUGGCAGUGAAUGAAGUUGUACUUGAAACCCUCAGUCUUCACUAGUAGACUGUAAAGAAAGAUACAAGCACUCCUCAGAAGUGAUUUUUCUGAACCCCAAUGGUUGAAGGCUGGUUGUACUUGCAUUUGGUGAUAGGGAUAAAAUCCUGUAGAUCUAUUUAAUUUCAAUCUACAAUACUUUAAGAGAAAAAUAACUUGAUUUGACAAAUGGCAAUCUUAGAUAGCUCAACAAGUUGAUCCAAAAAUUGUAUAUUUGUACUUUUAACUAUGCUCACAAUGGACAAAUACAGCCAGAGAAAAGUUUCUAUCCUAAGGGACUUUCCAGCCUGUUUUUUCCAUGGUAUUUAUAAUUAUGUUGCCAAACUGCUUCUGUGUACCAGUGACUGGUAAUGGAAUGUAUUAUAAAGAAAGACAGAUGAUUACACUUUGAAUGGUGUUAAACAAUGUACAAAAAGAAGACAUCAAUUUAAUCUACUUUGUGCUGUGAUAUUUGAGUUUGUUUUGUUUAAUGUUUUUCAAAUUGUCUGUUUCCUAUUGCUUUUGUACUUGUACUGUAUCUGUUUCUUUGAAAAUGAAUAUUAAAACAUUACAUUUUA